CGGAACAGGGUUUCAUGGUCUACGUACACUCACCGGAGGAUUUUCCACAGGCCAACUAUCGAGCGAUCUACGUACCGAUGGGGAAAAGUACGUACGUGACGGUAAAGGCGAAGGUAACAGAGCUAUCCCAGAAGUUAUUAUUGUUUCCACCGGAGAGAAGAAAAUGCUUCAUUGCUGGAGAAAAGCAAUUGGAAUUUUUCAGGGUUUACACGCAGAAAAAUUGUGAGCUGGAGUGUCGAACUCGGGAGCAAUUGUUUACGGAAGGAUGUGUCAACUUUGCAUUGCCCCACGAUGAGGAGGAUAAGCUCUGUAAUGUGCAUAAGGUGCACUGCACAGCGGACGGAAGUAAAAGCCGGGAGCGAAAAGUUCGUCCACGACGGUACUCGGAUCGAAAAAGUUGUCACUGCUUGCCAACUUGCACGUAUUUGAAGUACGAAUCGGAGAUGUUGCAGACUGAUCUGGACUAUUGGAGCAUUCGUAAAACACGACCGGAGCAAUCAAAUAUCUCAUACACCCAGAUAAGCGUUCACUACAACAAGGAAAAAUUUCCAACCUUCGAACGAACGGAUUCGUACACACUAACCGAGCUGUUGGGAACAUUCGGUGGUUUGCUGGGACUUUUCAUGGGAGUGUCAUUGCUAAGCUUUGUGGAAAUAGUCUACUUUUGUACACUGCGGCCAUUCUGCGUUUGGAGAAGAAAACAUCGUAAACUAAGACAACUGCAGCAGCAAGCCAAUGAUCGUGGAGGCCCCGAUGACCCAACGGUCUAGAGCGAGUGAACGUUUUUUUUACAUUAUUUCGGCAAACUUUUCCAAAGUUUUCCAUCGAAGGACCACACUCACACACCGUGUGAAUCACAUGAAAUAUUCAAAAGGCGGAGAUUUCCGUAGUACAUAACAGGUCCGCUUGUUGCAGCUUUCCCUCGCGAGGGAACAUGCGCAUAACCGUCUAGAGCUUUCACCUAGUUUUUUUUUACUGCCGUUUACUCACACUCGCAACUUGUGGUGCCACGUAGC